AUGCCGCAGGCAUUUAAGUUUCUCUAUGAGAUGAAGGAAAACGAUUUGAAACCUAAUGUUGUAACUUAUAGUACAUUUAUUGAUUCUUUUUGCAAAGAAGGGAUGAUGCAAGAGGCAAUCAAGUUUUUUGUGGACAUGAGGCGAGUUGGUCUUAUACCUAAUGAAAUUACGUUUACUUCUUUGAUUGAUGCAAACUGUAAAAUAGGUAAUUUUGGUGAGGCUUUUAAGCUGGUCAAAGAGAUGCUAGAAGCAGGAGUCAAACCGAAUAUUGUUACCUAUACAGCAUUGCUUGACGGCCUAUGUGAGGAAGGGAAGAUAAGUGGAGGAGAAGAAGUUUUUAGGGCAAUGCUGAAGGCCAGGAUAACUCCAAACCAGAGAAUCUAUACUGCCCUUGUUCAUGGUUAUCUCAAGGCCAAAAGGAUGGAGGAUGCCAUGGAUAUCGUGAAACAAAUGAAAGGAAACAACAUCAAACCAGAUCUGUUGCUAAAUGGAACUAUCAUCUGGGGUCUUUGCAACCAUGGACUUUUUGAAGAAGCUAAGCGUUUAAUUUGUGAAAUGGAGGAGUAUGGUGCAGAAGCAAGUCAUGUGAUUUACACCACUCUGAUGGAUGCAUAUUUUAAAGCUGGAAAAGUCUCCGAAGCUCUCAAUCUGCUACAAAGAAUGCAGGACUUAGGUAUUGCCCCUACCGUAGUGACAUAUUGUGCACUAGUUGAUGGUUUGUGCAAGUUGGGAUUCAUCCAGGAGGCAAUUGAUCAUUUUGGUAGGAUGCGAGAACUUGGUUUGCAACCUAAUGUUAUGGUUUAUACAGCACUAAUUGAUGGGCUUUGCAAAAAUAAAUGCAUAGAAGCUGCUAGGAAGCUAUUUGACGAAAUGCUUGCCAAGGGCAUACUUCCAGAUAGAACUGCUUACACAUCUUUGAUUGAUGGUAACUUAAAGCAUGGAAAGAUCCCUGAAGCCUUGGAUUUGCAUAAGAGAAUGAUCGAAACUGGUGUGGAGCUUGAUCUUCAUGCGUACACUUCUUUGAUUUGUGGGCUGGCUAAAUGUGAUCAAGUGCAACAAGCAAGGCAUUUGCUUGAUGAGAUGAUUGGGAAGGGUGUCCUCCCUGAUAAGGUUGUUUAUGGUUGCCUUCUAAGAAAGUGUUAUGAGAUAGGUAAUAUGGAUGAUGCUCUAGAAUUGCAAAAUGAAAUGAUAAAAAGGGGUCUUAUUUCUGGCAUACGUGAUUAUGCUGUUCCAAAU